AUGUGUAUAAGUUUAUCAUCAACAACUGAACAUUGGUUUGUUUUUGAUCAAUAUCAAUUUCCAGGAUUUAAUACACCAUUAUUUACAUUAAUUUCUUCAUCAAUUAAUCAAACAACUCAAGAAGAACAUUUAAAUAUUUCAUUUUCUUUAUCAACUUAUGAUCGUACGAUUCUAGUUGAUAUAACAAAACGAAAUUCAAAUGGAACAAUUCAACAACAAGAACAAUUAAUUAAAUUAAAUAUUGAACGUGCUGAUUUAUUAUAUAAUUCUGUUAAUCACAUGAUAUUUAUUGCUAUUAGAAAUCAAAAUAAACUUGAAACCUAUGUUAAUUGUAAAUUAAUUGAUUCCUAUUUUUUUUAUUCAACAAAUUUAAUUGAUGAAAAUGAAAAUAAUUCAUUUUAUAAAAUUGAGAAAAUUAAUGAUAAGAUUGAACAUUAUCAAAUAACACCAACAUCUGAACAAACUCAACAUGAAAUAUUUGAUGCAUUUUCAUGUAAACAAACGGAUAUGACGAUACCAUCAGAAGUAAAUUCAUCAUCAAAAAUUGGCCGACCAUUAAUUCGUAAAAUGCAACAUGUUAUUGAAAAAGUUCAACGUCGUAAAUUACGAGCAAGACGUCAAAAUAAUCAACAAACAUCUUUAACACUUUCAUCUGAUUCAUUAACAAUUAUCUAUAAACCAAAUAUUGAUAAAGCCAAUGUUAAUAAAACAUCAUUUUAUACAAUUUUAAAUAUUCCACAAUUAAAAUUUCAUAUCCAAUAUUAUCCAAAAGAACAUCUAUUUAAUAUUCGUUUUAAUAAUGAAAAUCGUACACAAUUUGUUUUAUUUGCUGAUAAAUCAGCCGAUCGAAUAUUUUCAUCAAAUGCAAGUCUUAUUAUUUUCUUACAUAUAACAUCAACAAUGAUAACAUGUUAUGUUAAUUGUGAAUUAACUGAUCAAGAAUUAAUUAUUGAUUCAUUUUAUGUACAAAAUAUACUACGACAAAUUAUGGAUAAUAAUCAACAUGAAUAUAAUCGACAAUCAACGUUAAUUCUAUAUAAUAAAUCAAUUGAUCAAAUAGCAGCGAAUUUUUUUUGUUUAAAAUUAGAUAAAAAAAAUGAAGAAUUAUUACCAGAUAAAUAUGCAUUAAGAAAAUUUGCAAAUGCUUUGGAUAUACUUGUCAAUAGUUUAGAUACUUCAAAUAAUAAUGAAAAAACUACUUUAACAAUACCGCCGACAUCAGCAACAACAACAACAACACAAAGUGUAUCGGCUGUAAAUAUUCCUUUAAUCAAUGGAUUUGGAAGUCUUAAAGCACCUCCAAUAAAUCCUAAUAUGGAAACAACAACAAUAUUUAAUGAAAUAAUUAUGUAUGAUAAAAUAUGUUCAACAGAUGAUGAUUGUGAUACAACGAGAACUUCCAUGAAAUGUCAAUCAGGUCAUUGUAUAUGUCCAAAACGUUUAUUUUACUCGAAUAAUUUACAUCGUUGUAUAACAUGUCAUGAUUUAUUAAUUGGUAAUCGUUGUUUUCGUUUAUCAAAUCAUAAAUCAACAUGGUUUGAAGCGAAUGAUUAUUGUCAAGAUGAUAAUACAAUCGAUGAAGGACAAGAAUAUACGAUGAAAUUAGCAUCAAAUCUUAAUCGAACUGAUAUACAAUAUCUUAAAGAAAGUUUUCUACUUGAAACUGAUCAUGAACAACUUGAUUAUAUUUAUUGGAUAGGUGCAACAAGUAAUUUUGAUACAAGAAAAUUACAUCAAAUUAAUUAUCGAAAUAAACGACAAAUACCAACAACAAUAUUUCGUUGGUAUGAUAAUGGUGAAACCGCACAAUUAAAUCUUCAUGAUAUUUGGUGUUCACAAACAGAUUAUUCAAGUUUAACAACAAUAAAUAAUAAUGAAUUAUGUGUUAGUAUUACAUCAUGUGGUUUAUAUGCUGAUGAUUGUCAACGAAAUUAUCGAUUUUUAUGUGAAGCUGUUUAA